AUGAAUAUCGCCUCUGGUGUUGUCACCAUUAUCCUCGUUCUUGUCCGCUUAUUCUUCAAACGGUAUCUUAGCGACAACGGGCAAAUCGGACCAGAUGAUUGGGCCAUCUUUGCCGCCAUCGUCAUUUCUGUCCCUGCAAUCGUUAUUAACCAGGUCGGUCUCGUCGGCCAUGGCAUAGGAAAAGACAUUUGGACUUUACCGGCGCCCGAACUUCCCCUUUUUGCAAAGUUCUUUUUCGUCGGGGAGGUCUUCUAUUUCGUUCAAAUGUCCUUGGUCAAGCUCAGCUUAUCGCUCUUCUACCUCUACGUCUUCCCCGGGCCGAACAUUCGGCGUCUGUUGAUUGGAACCGCCAUUUUCAAUGUCGUAUUUGGAGUUGUUUUUGUCAUUACGGCCAUGGCUCAGUGCAUACCGUUGGAUUAUUAUUGGGCGCAAUACUACGACCACCCUCCCGAGGGAAGAUGUUUCAACUUGAACGGAUUCGCUUGGGCAAAUGCGGGAUUAGGUCUGGCGGUAGACGUGUGGAUGAUCAUAUUACCCUUGAUCCAGAUCAAAAGGCUGAACCUCCACUGGAAGAAGAAGAUUGGGGUUGUCGUCAUGUUCAUUCUGGGAACUUUUGUGAGCAUUAUAUCGCUUCUCCGCCUCAAAUCCGUCAUAUUCUUCGCUGAACUCAUCAAUCCGACCUGGGAUCAAGAGAAUGUCGCUUGGUGGUCGACACUGGAGGUUAACAUUGGUAUCAUCUGUACUUGCUUACCGACCGUUCGCCUGAUUCUCCAGCGCAUGUUCCCCAAGAUUCUCUCUACUGGCGAUGAGCAGAGUAACGAUACCAGAGUAUUCAGGGCUGGAGGCACUGCUUCCCAAGGAGAAACACAACAACCAACCUUUCCCGUAGAGUUGUUAUCGACGACCACGCUUGCGACGGAUGCGCGAUCUAGUUACAAGCAUUUUGAUCCUUGA